AUGGACGCCUACGACGUCUUCAUCGAGCCCAGCGUGGUCUCACAUAGUUUGGGAUGCAACUUCAUCUCGCCCACAGUAAAGCACUUGGUUGUGGCGAAAACCACGCUCUUGCAGGUGUUUGAGAUUCUCAGUUCCGACGCAAAAGCGCCAGAAAUUCUUCCCAGCCACAAGCUCAAGCUUCUUGGCCUGUUCAAGUUGCAAGGCGAGGUCACAGACCUCCAGCCCAUGCGCACGGUGGAAAACCCGACGUUGGACUACUUGCUUGUGUCCACCUCCACCGCCAAGGUGUCUUGUAUCCGCUGGGACCAUGCCCGACACACGAUUCUGACGGCGUCGUUGCACUACUACGAGCAUGCGUUGCAGAACUUGACGUACGAGAAGAUUGUGCGCUCGCAAUUGGCCGUGUCGCCGCCGGCAAAUGCGCUGUUCUGCUUGCGCCACGACAACUUGCUUGUGUUUUUGCCCUUUGCCCGCCCGGACGACGACGACGACGACGACGACAAGAUGAAGGUCGACGAGAAGGACGAGAAGGAGAUGAAGGACGAGAAGGACGAGAACAUCGAGCCAAACGGAAAGGAGGCCAAAGAUACCAACGAGGCCGAGGCUCUGAAGGACGAGAAAAACGCAAACAGCGCCAUCCACGCGUCGUCCAACAUCCCUAUUUUCGGCUCGAGCUUCAUCCUCGAGGCGUCGGCGCUCGAUAACAAAAUCGGCGACAUCAUAGACUUACAAUUCUUGCAUCACUACAGACAGCCCACGAUAGCAGUUCUUUCGCAGCAGAAGAGCACAUGGGCGGGUCUUUUGCCUCAGACAAAAGACAAUGUCAUCUUCUCCGUCUUGUCGCUUGACAUGCAGACUCGCUUGACUACCACUGUGCUCCAGAUUGAAAACUUGCCCUACGAUCUCGAAAAAAUCAUUGCGCUCCCCUCUCCAUUGAACGGAAGUUUAUUGAUCGGAUGCAAUGAACUCAUACACGUUGACACGGGCGGAAUUACACGCAGAAUUGCUGUCAACCAAUAUACAGAAGACAUAACCGCUUCGCUCAAAAAUUACGCCGACCAAACAAGCUUAGACUUGAAGUUGGAGGACUGCUCUAUAUUGCCCAUUCCCAACGAUAAUAAGUUGCUUAUGGUUUUGCGCACCGGCGAAAUGUACUUUAUAGUCUUUGAGGUUGACGGAAAGACGAUAAAGCGCAUGUCGGUGGAAGAAAUCCCCUCCGAAACAUACUCUCAAAUCAAACUUAUGGACCCCUCCUCAUUUGCUUCGUUAGACAACAAUCUUUUGUUUUUGACCGGCAGAAGCUCCAACUCACAUUUGGUCGAACUCCGGUACACAUCUGAAAAUGACCACAAGGUCGAAGAAAAUGGAAAUGCCUUAGAUGAUGAUGAAGACGAUAUUUACGGUGACGAAGAAACCGUGGAGAGAAAAAGAGUCGAAGGGGGAAAACUCGAACUCAUUUCGCAUGACGAGCUUAUUAACAAUGGACCAAUCACUUCCUUCACUAUGGGAAGAUAUUCCACCGAGAAAUUUCUCGCUAAUUUACCCAAUCCAUCUUACAACGAGAUUUCCAUAUUUGCUAGCGGAGGAGGAGGAGAAAUGGGGCAUCUUAGCAUCAUGACACCUACAGUCCAACAGACAAUCAAAUCGUCUCUUCAAUUUUCGCAAAUCAACCGAUUAUGGACCAUUAAUAAUAGGUAUCUCAUCACCUCGGACGAUCCCAAUCAGAAAUCGGAAAUCUUUGACAUUAAUCAAUCAUACGCACGGUUUUCUGCAAAGCAUUUCAUUAAUAAUGAGUUAACGGUGGCAAUGCACGAGUUAAACAACGGCAAAUUCAUUCUCCAAGUCACGCCAAAGCACAUCAUCUUGUUCAAUAACAAAUUUAAGCGCUUGGCUACUUUGGACGAAGAGUUGAAGGAAUUUGGAGAGGCUGAUAUUAUUAAUAGUGUGUUCAACGACGAGUAUUUGAUGGCAUUUUUUUCCACUGGUGAAGUUGUCAUUUACAGCGUUAAUACAUACAACAAAACAUUUUCGCAAAUCCCGCUUCCCAAGUUGCUAUCCGAUACUAUUCUCACCACGGGCUACAUCACAAACUCCAAACUUUUGAAUGUUGUGCUGAAGGAUAUUGGCGUGCUUUUAAAUAAGGGUCAAAAAAGAAAGAGAGACGAUGUGCAUCUGAUGGUGAAAGCUGAUUCCAAAGCCGUUUCCGAUGCUAAGCUGAAAACGUUUGUGCUCGUUACUGGUGAUAACCGUAUUGUUGUUUUUAGCCGAUUCCACAACGAAAAAUGCUUCCAGUUGAAUUCUGUGGAAAAGUUCUCUGACAUUUUAACUUUGGGUUUUUUUGACAUCAAUGGUGCUGAACCUGAUCCACUUCUCAAACAGGUCAUUUUAAACGAUCUCGGAGAUGUGCAUCUGAAAGAUGAACAUUUGACCAUUUUGACUAUUGGAGGUGAGAUUUACUCGUAUAAAAUGUUUUUCGAUGGGGAAAACUUUCAGUUUGUCAAACAGUAUGACCUUCCAAUCACAGGUGCCCCAUUCAAUGCAUAUUCGCAUGGUACUUCUAUUGAGCGGAGAAUGAUAUAUUUUCCUGAUGUUAGUGGCACUACUUGUAUUAUGGUAACUGGAGUCAUUCCUUAUAUGAUCACGAGGUCGAGACAUUCGCAAGUGAAGGUAUUCAAGUUUUCCAAGAUCCCAAUCGUUUCGUUUGUGCCCUUCUCAACAGAUAAGAUCAAGAAUGGUUUAAUUUACCUUGAUACCAAAAAGAAUGCCAGAAUUGUUGAGCUUCCUUCAGAAUUCAGCUACGACUACAACUGGCCUAUACGGAAAGUGUCCAUUGGCGAAACGGUCAAGUCUGUGGCAUUUCAUGAGGGUUCCAACACGUUGGUCGUCUCCACGCUCAAGGAGAUUCCUUAUAAUUGCAUUGAUGAGGAGGGAAAUCCCAUUGUGGGCAUCAAACCUAACAAGCCUUCUGCCAUUUCGUACAAAGGACUGAUCAAAUUGAUUUCUCCUGUGAACUGGUCAGUGAUUGACAAUAUCGAGUUGGCUGAUAACGAGGUGGGCUUGCAUGUGAAGUCCAUGCCAUUAGAUGUUGGUAGCGAAACAAAAAGAUUCAAGAGCAAAAAAGAAUUUGUGUUGGUUGGAACGGGUAAGUACCGAUUGGAGGACCUUGCCUGUAAUGGCUCUUACAAACUUUUAGAGAUCAUUGAUAUUAUUCCCGAACCGGGAAAACCCGAAACAAACCACAAGUUCAAAGAAUUCACCCAAGAAGAUACGAGAGGCGCUGUCACUUCUAUCUGUGAAGUCAGUGGGAGAUUCCUUGUUGCGCAAGGACAAAAGAUCAUUGUGCGUGAUAUCAAGGAUAACAGUGCUGUUUCUGUGGCGUUUUUGGACACUUCUGUGUUUGUGUCUGAGUCGAAAAGCUUUGGCAAUCUCGUUGUUUUGGGAGACACUUUGAAGAGUGUAUGGUUGGCUGGUUUCGAUGCCGAGCCGUUCCGUAUGAUUAUGCUAGGCAAAGAUUUGCAAGGACUUGACGUCAGCAGCGCAGAUUUUCUUGUCAAGGAUGAAGAGAUUUACAUUUUAGUUGCAGACAACAACCGCAGCUUACACGUUCUUCAGUACAACCCAGAGGACCCUGCAUCCUCGAACGGACAGCGACUUUUGCAUAAGUCGUCUUUCACGACGAAUUACCUCACGACAUGUACGAAGUCUGUUCCGAAACACGAACAGUUAAGCACAUGGUUUGAUCCCCAGGCGAUCCCUUUCCAAACUGUUGGAUCUACAGUCGAAGGUGCCAUGUAUGUGGUGUUUCCCAUCAGCGAGCCCACAUACCGAAGAAUGUAUAUCAUGCAGCAGCAGCUCAUUGACAAAGAAUAUCAUCACUGUGGCUUGAACCCGAGAUUGAACCGAAUCGGCCGCAUUGAGUCGGUGAACUAUGCGAACUUGAGAGCAAUGUUGGACUGCGAAUUGAUACGGCGGUUUUCGAAAUUGAAUGAAGACAGAAAACGCACCUUGAGUCUGAAGAUCAGCACCAAGAAUGUGCAAGUGGAUAUUUGGAAGGACCUCAUUGAGUUUGAAAAUGUCAUGAACAAUAUGUGA